GACUGGGCCUAUCCUGGCGCCUAGCUGGCAGGUGCAGCCUUCGGUCCUGGCUUCCCUGACGCCAAGCUGUGGCCGGGGCUGGGCGCGGCAGGCACCAGAGCGAGGGGAGGCGGUCUGGCUCGCGCGCUUCGGCGUGCGGUGCAGCCUUGCAGCCCCCGCCCCCCGCCACCGCCGCCUUUCUGUCUCCUCUCUCCCUCCGUACUGGACUCCCGGUGCAUUUCCGGCCCGGGGGAGUUCGGCGUCGACCCGGCCAGCCCGCGAGGUGGGCGUGCGCCGAGGUCUCCGUGCGCCCGAGGCCCAGCGGCCGCCAUGGCCGACGUGAGCGUGGAUCAGUCCAAGUUGCCCGGCGUGAAAGAAGUGUGUCGAGACUUUGCUGUCCUGGAGGACCACACCCUGGCUCACAGCCUGCAGGAGCAAGAGAUUGAGCAUCAUUUAGCAUCCAACGUUCAGCGGAACCGUCUGGUCCAGCAUGAUCUGCAGGUGGCCAAGCAGCUCCAAGAGGAAGACCUCAAAGCCCAAGCUCAGCUCCAGAAGCGCUACAAAGCCCUUGAACAACAUGAUUGUGAAAUUGCUCAAGAAAUCCAGGAGAAGCUGACAAUCGAGGCUGAGAGACGACGUAUUCAGGAGAAGAAGGAUGAGGACAUAGCACGUCUUUUGCAAGAGAAGGAACUGCAGGAAGAGAAAAAGAGGAAGAAACGCACUCCAGAGUUUUCUGGAGGCAGUGCUUCUGGAGAUAACUACUAUUAUGAGGAUGGAGACCAGUCAAGGUCAAGGAGGGACAGGGAACUGGGUUCUGGACACUCAAAAUCUGGUAGACUCCAAUACGAUGGGAAGACUGUAAAGCAGGAGGAAAAAUGGAGGCAUCGGCAGGAGAACUCGGAAGAGCUGGACGAACAGCAUCCGUCAGAGAGACCCCUGCCUUCUGUGAGCUGGGGCAGAGGGAGGGAUGAUGUCCACACUGCCUGUGAGCAGCAGGGAAGGAAGCAGUGCGGUCGGGAGAGGCCCUGGAAGUCUCGGCUGCCGAAGAUCAGUGGGGAGGUGUUUCUGAGCACCGACUCUGAAGACUGGGGAGCUAGCGGUAGCCCUGGAACUCCGAGUCGGGAAAAGCAGUCUCGACACCAUGGCGGACUUUCACCCAAGUCUCCACAGAAAGCAGGACUUCCCUGUAAGGAAAUUGUGUAUGGGAGGGACCUUGGGCAAGGUAACCACAGAGAAAGGAGACAUAGGCCCAGAACUUCUCCCUUCUCAGAGGAUAAAGAACUUCGCCACCACCAUGUUGCAGGAAUGAAAUCCAGAGGAAUGAAUGAAGCUGUCUCUGCUCCAGCGCGAGGGAGUCACAGGGACCAGGAGUGGUAUGACGCAGAAAUUGCCCGGAAAUUGCAAGAAGAGGAAAUUUUGGCUACUCAUAUGGACAUAAGAGCAGCUCAGGUUGCCCAGGAUGAGGAAAUUGCUCGACUUCUGAUGGCUGAAGAAAAAAAAGCUUACAAGAAAGCCAAAGAUCGAGAAAAGUCAUCUUUGGACAAAAGGAAACAUGACUAUGACUGCAAGUCAAAAGCAAAGUCAGCACACUCAAAGUCAAAAGAAGGUGAUGAAACACAGCGUGCCAAGAUUGACAGGCCGUCACGACCACCACCACCCGCAGUGAUGGACCCUGAGGAUGUGGAUCCCACCCAUUUUACAAAUCAGCAUAGUAAUACACGUCAUUUUUCAAAGUCAGAGUCCUCACACAAAGGUAAGGAGCAUCUGUGUGAUCAGUUGAGAUCCUCUUUGUAAGCCUUGUGUUAUGUAGUAAGAAAUGAGAUGCUGUCUUUUAAUAAUGGGGUUAAAAAAAGUAAGUCAUCUGCUGCUCAGCAGUUAUUAAUACAAGAAAGCCUGAAGUAAGCCACUUUAAACAAAGCUCAAGGUUUCAUUCGUAUUUACACUUUUCUCCAGGGAGAAGUUAGUGCUCUCUGUGUUACUGAAGGGAAAUGCAGUCCCACUUAUAUUGGACUGUGUUAUCAGUACAGUUUAAACAACUGAGAUCUGAAGGCUGAAGCUUUUCUGUACUAAUGCACUCUUCAGUUUCAGACUUUGAAGAAGAUCUCAGAUGUAGACUUUUCUGAAUAAGGGUACCUCACUUGCCAUUUGUUAGCCAAACAGUUUACUAGUGAGACAUCAGAUAGUCUAUGCAUAUGUUUCCGAGAAAAGU